UUCUUUUUUCUACUUUUUUGCUCAUCUUUCGGCUUGCAAGAGCUGUUUUGAAUCAUUAAAUCUUGGAGUGAAUGUAAAAUUUCCACAAUCGGGUCAUGUCACAGCUGUAGUUAACUUUUUAUUGUGGAGCUUUAUGGUCAUCAGUGUUUUUUUCCUUUUGGUUGGUCUCAUCCUAUUAAUGCAUGAUGUGUUGGCCACAAAUGUCCCAUUUUGACAAGUCAAACUUUUCAGUUAAUAAAACAUCCAGUCAGGCUGAAGUUGGGGUUACGCAACAUUGGUUAAAAGAUAACAGAACAUGUGCAGAAUGCUGGCACUGACCAACUGAUAUAAGUUUAUGACGGACUAAGUCAUGUUUAUGUAUUCUCUAAAAACCUGAUUUUGGUACAAUUUGCCAUUUUUUACUUUCUCUGCAGAAGAAUCAUGCCUAAUUGAAGUUCAUAAGCUGUUUCUGGGACAGAAACUAAACAAAACUGAGAUAUGGAAUGGAUUGCUUGAUGGACGAGUAUUACCACGGCGGACAAUGUCACAAGUGCCCACAAUGUCCACCUGGUCAAGAACUGAAAGAGGACUGUGGUUAUGGUGUAGGUGUGUCGGCAGUAUGCGCCAUAUGUGAUGUUCGGUGGUUUAAGGAAGCCUGGGGUUCUCACCCUUGCGCACUGUGCCAGAGCUGCCGCAGACUCAACAGAUACCAGAUCAAACACUGCACACACACAGACAAUUCAGUGUGUGGAAACUGCCUCCCUGGUUUCUUCAGCAAAUUGCGACUGGAUGGACUAGAAGAUUUGGAAUGCCUUCCAUGUGGCCCCACAUCCUUCAGAAACAUACAGUGUAGCCGGGAAGAAGGGACUGGUGUUGCAAAAGCCCACACCUCAGCACCUCCCAUCCAUGAUGUAUCGUCCAUAGUGACCGCUUGUGCAGCAACAGCUAUAUUAACAACCGUCCUAUUUACAAUUGUGUGUGUCACCUACCAGACACGGUCUUCACUCAGGAAAACAUGCAAACGCUGUUUAUCACCAGUCAGUAACGGUCACCAUGACAGUGAUGCAGCUUCGGUUCCAAUGACAACCCUACACACAGUGAAGCAGGGCACAGAAGUGGACACAUCAAAUCCUUGCCUGCUGUUGAUGGACCCCUGCACGCUUGAUGAAGUCACCACCACGAUGUCCUCUGAUCUUGGCCUGCAUGGGUGUGAGGUUCUUCCUCUGGUGCGGAGCUUGGCCUGCACAGAUCCUGCAACGGGAGUCCUCAUGCAGGCAACAGAAACACCUGAAGUUUCUUCUUCAGACUCUGCCCUCUCCAGCCAGCAUGUCAUUCUCACUCUGGUAGAAGGACAGUCUACAGUGAGAUCUUGCUGUGCCGCAGAGCAGCGAACAGCCUGGGGGCUUCAUGCUCCUGUAGAGUGCACUGAACUGGACCUUCAGUAUCUCUCCAACGCCCCGGAGCUCCAGACAUUCAGACCUUCAGACUUCAUAGCCAGAAAUAUCCCACAGUGCCCUCAGGCCUGAUUCUGCAGGACCUGGAGAGAAGAGAGCGAGAAGAGAAAGUGGAAAAGGAGAUUGUUAAUGUGAAGAGAUUACAGCUGCAAAUGUACGAUUAUGGUAAUGAGACACUUGAAGACGCAACUCAAUACAAAUUUAUAGCAUGUCAAGUUCAUUGAAAUAAGUGUGCUACUGUAGUUGUUGGAGGUUUCUGCAAUGUGAGAAACAGGUGCUUAUUAACACAAAACGACAUUAACAGGAGAGAGAAAGAGAAGAAAAGAUCUACAUUUGCCUGUUUCUUUUUUUUGCUUCAGUUAACACAUUUGGUAGAGUACAUUGAUUCAGCAUAUUCUCUUAAAGUGCCCCUAUUAUGGGUAAUGAAAGGUUCAUAUUUUGGUUUUGGGAGUCCCCAAUAACUGGUUGACAUUCAUGCAAGGUCAAAAAACACUUUCAUUGUCUUAUAGUCGGGGAAACCGCCCCCCUACUGUUUUUCCCAAAAUAACCCCAAGAUAAAGUCAAGAUACAUUUUUAUUUUAACUAUGGACUACGUUGACAAGAGUGAUGUAGAAGUUUUAACCAUGAAGCUUACACUGGUGAUGUACCGGAGAGAAAACAGAUUUCACAGUAAAUUAUCUCAUUUUCAGCAGUAAGAAAAAAAGUGUUUUAAAGCUUGUUUUGUAGAACAUCAGAGUUAUAUAUGAUAUGAGAACAGUAGGGCCUGUAGAUAGGGAGUACGUGUUAUUUGAUAAAAAUAUAAUUAUAUUUUCAGAAUGAUAACUUUUCUGAAAACAUUUAAGUUUUGUUUCACUGAAAAAAAAAACUUACACAAUCCUUAAGUGGGGUGUUUUCCCCCACUCUACCCUGUAUGCAUUUAUUUUUAGCUUACUUGCUCAACGUCUCCAAAAACUAUUCUCUUAACGAUUCAUUUUUCCAAACCCCUCCUUUGCGCUAAUCUGCGGCGAUUGGUCCGAUUGGUCUCAUUUCCAUUUCAUCAUGCCUGUAAUGCAUGAUAAAGCAGUGUUUGUGAACGCAGUGCUGCUUUGUGUAUGAAAUGGCUUGGCUAUUAAUUUUAAAAACAACUAACUCGUUUCAAUGAUUCAGAGUCGACUCUUUCUUUUGAGAGACAACAACUUUAUACACAGUGCACUUUCAGAUUUAAAACUUAGCAUGCUUUCAUUCACUUAGAGCUGUGUUACACACUGCAUGAAAUGUAAUUUUCAAAAAUCCAUAAUAGGGGCACUUUAAGUCAAUGUACGGAAAUCGCAAUUAACAGAAGUAGCAACAGAUGUUUUCUUCAGUAUUUUGAUGUAAAUUGGAUUAUGAAAAAAUAUAGAGUGGGACUUAGUUCUAUCCAUUUGUUGUUGAUUGCUUGUUGAUCAUUCACAAGAAGGUCAAUAACAUAUUUAGAAAAUAUUCAUGUAAUUCUGUCUUUAAUUGAACACCACUUAUUUACAUGUAAGGAAUAAUUCACACAAAAUUAAAAUUCUGUCAGUAUUACUCAUUCUCUUCAGUCUCUUGUCAAUAUAUACCUGUAAGCUAUUAUAAUUAUAAUGUAAUAAUUUUAAUUGAGAAAGAGCUGCUUUAAAAUAGUUUCUUCAUUCAGUUAAAGUAUAUUAGCUGGAAAGACAUGAGGGUAAAUAAAUGAUGACAGAAUUCAAAUUACACUACCAUUCAAAAGUUUGGGAUACGAUUAUUUUUAAGAAUGAAUACAUUUAAUAAAUUAAUUGAUUAAUUUUUUUGUGGAUUCUAAAUUAGUUAAUGAAGUUUAGCAGCACAACUCUUUUCAGCUUUGAUAAUAAUAAGAAAUGUUUCUUGAGCACCAAAUGAGCAUAUUAGAAGGAUCAUGUGACACUGAAGACUGGAGUAAUGACUGCUGAAAAUAGCUGGAAUAAAUUACAUUUUAUAAUACAUAUAUAAAAAGAAAAAUAUCUCACAAUUUUGAUCAAAUAAAUGCCGCAUUUGUGAGCAUGAAAGACUUCUUUCCAAAAAAUUAAAAACCUGGACUUUGGAGUUCUGGACAUAGUGUACCCCUUUAAAUUUUGUAGAUGUAAGCUCACUCCUGCUGUCUAUAUUCAAAGCCCAGGAAAUGGAUCACGUCCUCCUGAAACUGAAAACUUAGGGCAGGGCGCCUCAGUGAUGCGGGUCAUGUCUCUGCAUCGGUCUAAACAACAUGUUUACUGCUUCAAGUGCUCAGUUAUAACAACUAUACCAGACCUGCUACGGUUGUUUAUGGAGACUGCACUUGAUUUUUCUAUCAAUCACUGGAUUUAUAAUUACACUACGAUUACUAUUACUGAAGACAUCCUCGUAGUACCUGUUUUACUGUUUGCUUUGCUAAAACGUUUUCCAAUUUUGGACUGAAGGGAAGUAUGCUGCCAAAGCAUAUGCCUAAAAAGCUUUCACCUUUAGCUGUGUUAUAUUACUAGGCUUUGGCAUUGCAUUACUACUAUAAAACAACAUAAACAUAAAAUUAAAUCUAUUAAAAUUAAAAUUAUGCUAGGGAAGGGAAAUCUGGCUAUCACAAGCUGAUGCGUGAACCCACCUUGACUUAUGGAUAAUUAUUCUGUGCUUCAAAUCUUCAGGUCUUAGAUGUGGCUGAGUGUUCUAGCAAAAUUAACUAUCAGAAAAUGGAUCAUGUCACACUCACAACAUGCGAUAUUUGCCUGUGAUAAAGCUUGGCCUUAUUGUGUCCCUUAAAUUCCACUUAAAUGCGUUUCAUCUCAAUCAGUAAGUUGUUUUUGGCUGUCUUAAAUUUGAAGAAGCACAGGAUGUUUUUGAGUGUUAAAUGCAUCUCUCCAACACUUUCAU